AUGUCGCACUUAUUGGGGGAAGAAGAUAUUUUACGUUGGUUGAAUGAAUCUGACGGUGAGGCUUUAUCGGACGAAGAACAUGAGAAUUUAUAUAUACCGACACAUUUUGGUGGGGAAUCCAGUCCGGAUGACGGAGAAAAUGCAAGCGAUAUUGCUCCAAUACAGGCUGAAAAUUCAUCUUCGUGUGAAGAAGACGUUAUGAGCUCAGUAACUCCUCGGAUUCCACCAAUAGCAACAGUCUCUGGGCAAGGAAGAGUUAAAUCAAGAGGUAGAGGAAGAACACUAGGAAGAGGAAGAGGAAGAACACUAGGAAGAGGAAGAGGCAGGGGACCAAAAAACAGCUCACUGUCAGUAGCCACGUCUAUGAGUCACAGUCGUGGGCCUAGUCACGCACGGAUUGUGCGUCAGCGUGGACGUGGACGUGGUCGUGGCCGUGGACGUGGUCGUGGCCGCAGUCGUGGUGUUCAGCAGCGCCAACGAAGAGGUAUUCAAUCCAUUCAACAGAAAUGGGGCCACUCAUCGUUCAGGCCCGAAAUUAGGGGGUUACAGCAACCAGCCUAUCUGAUUUGUAAUAGAUCGGAAUGGAAACCUAUCGACUUCCUAGAGGAAUAUAUAGAUGAUAAUUUACUGGAUAAAAUGGUUAUAGCGACUAACAGGACAGUUUUAUCUAGAACCGGAUAUUCUUUAGGACUUACAUUGAAGGAGCUCAAAACUUUUUUUGGUCUGAAUUUUAUAAUGUCAUGCUUACGUUUUCCAAAAAUACGUAUGUAUUGGAGCCAAAAAUGGCGUAUUCCCAUCAUUGCUGACUCAAUGACCAGGGAUCGAUUUUUUAAAAUUCGAUCGUCUCUAAAAGUUCUAUACGAUGAUGAUUUGAGCCCUGAAGAUAAGAAACAGGACAAAAUCUGGAAGGUUCGUCCUCUAAUUAAUCGUAUACUGGAAGGAUGUCACAAACAAGAACGCACUGUCGAUAUGAGUAUUGAUGAAAUGAUGAUACCAUUCUCUGGUCAGUGUGGUAUUAGAGUUUACGUUCCAAACAAACCAAAUCCAUUGGGGUUGAAAGUUCUUGUACUGGCCAAUCCCAAUGGAGUUGUGUGUGAUAUGAUAGUUUACCAGGGUGAUACUACUUUUCCAACUGAACUCACAGAGCGCUAUAGUCUUGUCACUAACUCAUGGUUUGUGUAUCGUAAAGAGUGUAUGGUGAAAGGUAUAGCUCGCAAAAGAAUAAUGCAACUGCAGGAGUUCAAAAUGAGUUUAGGUCACUAUUUUGUCGAAGCCAAUGACGUGUCAAGUGAUAGCACAGAAUCAGAAGGAAUACUGGAACCUAAACAUAAAAGAAGAAAGGUGUCUAUUGUUCCGUUACCAUCAGACAUUAGGAGGUCUCAAAAAGCUGAUCACAUGCCUAUUAGAUCUACUGUUCAGAACAGAUGUCGCCUACCAGGCUGUAAACAGAAAAGCAGGACCAAGUGCUCAAAAUGUAAUAUUUAUUUAUGCAAUACUUUGAAUCGGAAUUGCUACCAAAGUUUCCACAAGUAA